AUGAGCAUUGAUCCUUCGGGUCAAGGAACAACCGGUCUUUGUCUAGUGGACGAAACGACUGGCAAAAUGGACCCUCAAUUUGACGAUAGCGUAUUUGCCAAUAUUGGUCGCGAGUUAGAAAAGGAAAAAUGGAUUCAUGUUGAGAAUUGUUCUAGUGCUUCGGCAGAACAAAAAAAUGAAGCUGCAGAAAGAAGAAAAAAUAUGAUGGCUGAGGAUGAUGUUAAAUAUAUAAAAACUGAGUGUAAGAAUUGUGUUCAAAAAAGCAUUCAGGAAGAAGUUGAUCCGGACGCAGCCCAAAAAUUAGAGACUAAGUAUAAUUCCCUAGAAAAUGAGAUAUUUAAAGAGACAAAAACCACUUCUUCCGCCCGUUCCCGCAAAAAUGACAAUAACGAUAAAACGGGUCCGUUGAUUGUAGGUAAGAAAGAAAAAGUUAAAGAAAUUGAUGCCAAUUAUGAAAAAGAUUCAAAUAGUGGAAAAAAUGAUUAUUUAGUUGAUAAUGAAAUCUGUUUCAACUGUGCUUUGGCCAUGUUUCGCUUAGAGAUCCAAGAAAUGGUUAAGGAUAUGGAGCGAACUGACUCCAACAUGGCUAGAAUAGUUAAACAGAAUAGAGAUAAAAUGAUAGAAACCAUUGAAGGAGACUUAUAUCCCGAACGGAAGAAAAAUAAAGGAAAUGCUGAAUUACAACGAGAUAUUGAAGGCUUUCAACAAUUAAUAAAAGAAAGCAAUGUAAAAAUUAAGGACUUUAAAGAGGAUGGAUUACUAUCUCAUGACAUACGGAUAGGAUUAUUGCGAGAAACCCCCAAUAAAGAACUCAUGUUGGAAGUAGAAAAAAGAAUUGGAAGGGGAGAAAUUGAUUUACCGGCCCUUAUAAAGUAUUUAGAAACGAAAUUAGAGACCAAAAAAAAGCAAGAAGAAA